CCGCAGUGUUGUCGAGGCGGAGCUGUCAUCAUCCUCGGUAGCUGCCCCGUUAGCCGCUGUUGUGUUUUGUCAUGACAACCCGUCCCGUUAGAAAAUAGCGCAGCUGACGGCUUCAUUCGUUCACGGAUCCCCCUUGGGAGCGGACAGAAGUCUGGGCGGACAGCGGAACAGUGAGAUGAAAUGACAACGUCAACACUACAGAAAGCGAUUGAUCUUGUCACCAAAGCCACAGAGGAGGACAAGGCCAAGAAUUAUGAGGAGGCCCUGCGCCUGUACCAGCAUGCCGUGGAGUAUUUCCUGCACGCCAUCAAAUAUGAGGCCCACAGCGACAAGGCGAAGGAGAGCAUACGAGCCAAGUGCAUGCAGUACCUGGACAGAGCGGAGAAACUCAAGGACUACCUGAAGAACAAAGACAAGCAGGGGAAGAAGCCGGUCAAGGAGGCCCAGAGCAAUGACAAGAGUGACAGCGACAGCGAGGGGGAAAAUCCAGAGAAGAAGAAGCUGCAGGAGCAACUUAUGGGUGCUAUUGUCAUGGAGAAACCCAACGUGAGGUGGAACGAUGUCGCUGGACUGGAAGGAGCUAAAGAAGCUCUGAAGGAAGCAGUCAUCCUGCCCAUCAAAUUCCCUCACCUCUUCACAGGUAAACGGACUCCGUGGAGAGGAAUCCUGCUCUUCGGCCCUCCAGGAACAGGAAAGUCGUAUCUGGCCAAAGCCGUGGCCACCGAAGCCAACAACUCCACCUUCUUCUCCGUGUCGUCCUCAGACCUCAUGUCCAAGUGGCUGGGAGAGAGCGAGAAGCUGGUGAAGAACCUCUUCGAUUUGGCCCGUCAACACAAACCCUCCAUCAUCUUCAUCGAUGAGGUCGACUCUCUGUGCGGCUCCAGGAACGAGAACGAGAGCGAAGCCGCCCGACGCAUCAAGACCGAGUUCCUGGUCCAGAUGCAGGGUGUUGGAAACAACAACGAUGGGAUUCUGGUGCUGGGAGCCACAAACAUCCCCUGGGUGCUGGACGCCGCCAUCCGCAGAAGGUUUGAGAAGAGGAUCUACAUCCCUCUACCAGAGGAACCGGCCCGGGCUCAGAUGUUCCGCCUCCACCUGGGUAACACUCCUCACAGCCUGAGCGAAGCCGACCUGCGGCAGCUCGCCAGGAAAACCGACGGAUACUCCGGAGCCGACAUCAGCAUCAUCGUCAGAGACGCCCUGAUGCAGCCGGUCAGGAAGGUCCAGUCGGCCACACACUUCAAGAAGGUCCGUGGUCCGUCCAGAAGCAACAACCAGGUGAUGGUGGACGACCUGCUGACUCCUUGUUCUCCUGGAGACCCAGCAGCCAUAGAGAUGACCUGGAUGGACGUCCCCAGUGACAAGCUGCUGGAGCCCAUCGUCUGCAUGUCGGACAUGCUGCGCUCUCUGUCCACCACUCGUCCUACCGUCAACACUGAAGACCUGCUGAAGGUCAAGAAGUUCACAGAGGACUUUGGGAUGGAGGGAUGAAGCUCCUGCUCUCAGACGGGUCAAACUGCUCCCACUAACUCCUCCUCCUCCUCCUCCUCCUCUUCAUCAUCAGCCUCCAGUAGUGGGACAGUAGAUCCUCGUCCACAAACUGAAGCUUGUCCCUCUGAGAGAACAUUCUGCUGCCGUCGAGCACUUUGAAGGACUGGAGGUGGGAUCUCCUGCCAGGCAUGCGAGUGGAAACGCAUCUCAGUGUUUUUAUUAAACGUGUGUGUCUUUAAUGUUCACGUGGAAAACCUCCAGAGCCCCGAGAUUUGAUUAUUUAAAGCCGACUUUAACUUAAGAGAGUCAGAGUGAAGCAGCGAGAGACGAGCUGGACAGAAACACGACAAAAACAACUUUAGUAAUCAGUCAGAUGUUUAGUUUAACGACAGUUUAUCUGUUUCUGGAAACCUUCCUCAUCAUCUGCAGCAUCAGAAACUAAAAAUCCUGACACAUUAAGACUUUUUCAGCAUUUUUUUUGACUCAUUUGACUCAUUUUUAAUAGAAAAAAAUGCCACCAGAUCAGUUUCACGUCCAUCCAGGUGUCUCAGUUUAAAAGGCAAAAAAUGCAGAUAAACUUUGAGACUUUUUGGACAAAUUUGAGGAAUUUUCGUGUCAUUUUGAACAUUUUCUUGAGUCAUUUCAACAAUUUUCAGUGAUUUUGUGAGUAAUUUGGGUUUUUGUCACUGGAUAAUUUGUGAGAAAUAUGGGACACAUUUUAUUUUAUUUUGCACGAAUGUCAUGUAGUUUUUAAUCGAUGAAAAACACGUUUGAUUUCUGUUAAAAACUGCAACCAGAUCAGUUUUACGUCCAUCCAGGAGUCACAGUUUAAAAGACAAAGAAUAGAGACAGAUUUCAAGAUUUUUUUUGGACAAAUUUGAUGAAUUCUGAACAAAUUUUAUGCCAUUUUGAACCUUUUUUUGAGACAUUUCAAGUAUGUUUGGACAGUUUUCAUUAGUUUGUGAGUAAUUUUGGUGUUUUUUUUGUCACUGUGGAUAAUUUCUGAGAAAUAUGGGAUAAUUUUCAUUUAAUUCUGGACAACUUUUAUGUCCUUUCACUAAUUUUUAAUAGAUGAAAUCCAGUUUGAGUUCUGUUAAAAGCUCACUGUUUUACAUCCAGUCUAAAAGACCAAAAGAUGCAGACAGAUUUCAAGACAUUUUGGACAAAUUUGAACAUUUUCCAAGAUAUUUUGGACAACUUUUGUGCCCUCACCUGCUGUUUACUUCCCAGUAUUAGCUGUAGUGGAUGGAAAUGAGCAUUAAUUCACAUUUUCUUUAGUAGAUUUUACUGAAAGUUUCUCAAAAUUUCGUGAAAAUUGUCCUAAAUUUUUCAUAGUUUGUCAAAAAUGACAAGAACUUGUUUACAACAGCAUGAAAAUUGUUGAAAAUGUUGCAAAAUGACUCAAAAAUGCUCAAAAUAACCUGGAAGUUGCCCUAAAUUACUCAAAUUUAGUCAGGAUGGGUGAUGUUGAAAGUUGGGAGCUGCUCUAAGAAUCUUUAAUUACAUUUUUAAAUUUGAACAGAAGAUUCUUUGUCAGCUUGAAAACUGUUUUACACUAAAAAACCUCAAAAAAAUCUACUGAAGUUGCUCACAUUAAUGCUUGAAAUCAACAGAAAUGAUUCGUUACCGUUAAAUGUCGUCUUCUUCUUCUUCUCCGAUUUCAAACUCAGUGGCUGCAGAAAUGGCGCCACCUGCUGUUCACCUCCUAGUAUUAACUGUAGUGGAUGGAAAUGAGCAUUAAUUCACGUUUUCUUUGCUAUAAUUGGAUUAAAAGCGGCUCAUACGCACCUCGUUGUGGAGAAUCUGGAUCUGGUCUCUUUGCUGCUUUCCUCUGAUGCAUCGUCAGUAUUUAUAAAAGUUUCUGUUGUAACUAAAGAAACUCAGAACGUUUACUUGAAGCUUCACUCUGGUUUCGUGAAGGAGCACCAACCGCUGUUGUUGUUUUUGUUUUUUUUUCUUUUGGGAGGCAACUAAAGUGUCGUCGUGCCGUUUCUGAGACGGUAAAGAAGGAAAUCGAUGCUGUGUGUUGUGGUUUUGGUGGGAGCUCAGUUCUUACCGUCCCUGUUGUGGGACUCGACCUGCCGCUGGCCAUGUAACCAUUACUACUAAUUUAACCCUAUUAAUAAAACUGACAUUUCAAACGAAAGGAAAA